AACCGACGGUACGGCGGCGAAGUUCUAGUUAGUAAUUCCUUUAGAACAGAUCGACGAACGUCGUUCGUGUAUUCCGUCAUCGCUCGUUCCGAAUAAUAGAAUCGAGAACGAUAAAAAGCGUUCGAAAAAUCGGUGAGGUUAUGUUCGGAAUGUUUAUUCGUUUUUAUGUCUUUUCAAACGUUAUUGAAUAAGGCAAAUGCUGUUUCAACGAAAGAGCGUGUUCCGUGUGUAGUGACACAAGGGCCAAAGAGCGAAGACUCACAAAACCGUGACCGUGUGCGCGUCGUUAAAGUUCUAAUAGUAUAAUUCGUUUUGGAGAAACGCGAAGCACGAGAAAAACCAAAUCCUCUUUUGGAUCUAGUUAUUAUUACAUCACAAUUCAUAUUUGAAAAACGUGUGUGCAUUGUGCAUGUGUAUUCGCCUUUGAUGUGCGGUGUGUCAUCGUCUGGAAUCUGACAGUUGGCUCGAACGCGGUUGAGUGCUGCGCAUAUAAUACAAAGUGAAUAAUAGACCGCAUUCAGAGUGGAUGAGCACAAGAGAAAAAAAGAUAGUGAAAGAGAGGCAUCAAGACAGCGCUCCCGGUCGGCGCAUUUUAGAAAGCGCUCGAAUGUCUGUUCGUGAAAUGAACAAAAUUACAAAUGAAGAUGAAGUUCAUAUGACAACGCCCGAACUUACUCGCCUUCACAAUUAUCAUUCGGAGACUCAUUUUAUUUGGACCGAAGAUGGUUAUCGCCUCGAAGUACAUCGUGUGAUAAAACCGGAUAAGGAUGCGACGAUCAACAAUGGAAAAUCGUUCGUCAACGUACCGCACGGGGACGAAACGAUUCGGGAAAACACGAGCGACGACGUAAUCAACUCGGAAUACAAUGAAAAACCGAAUUUAUCGCCGUUACGUUUGACCGAAUCGACGGAAAAGUCAUCAAAACCGGCUGUCCUCCUUCAUCAUGGAUUGCUCUCGAGUUCUGCUGAUUGGAUACUCCUCGGACCUGGCAAAGCUCUCGCUUACGAACUGUGCGACAAUGGCUACGACGUUUGGCUCGGGAAUGCGAGAGGCAAUCGCUAUUCCCAGUAUCACAAAAAGUACACGACCAAAAACAAAGAAUUUUGGGACUUUAGUUGGCACGAGAUGGGAUUGUACGAUGUGCCUGCAAUGAUAGAUUACAUUCUCGAUAAUACCGGACAGACGAGUCUCCUGUACAUCGGUUACAGUCAAGGCACAACAGCUUUUUUCGUAAUGGCGAGCGAGCGUCCCGAAUACUGUGGGAAAGUCAAAGCAAUGGUAUGCCUUGCCCCAAUUGCCUUUCUCUCUAAUCAGCGAAGUCCACUGUUGAAGUGUGUCGUUCCACUUCACAUCGUAAUGAAGUGGGCGCAGUCGUACUGCAACAUAAACGAAUGGUUCCCUCGUAACAAGUUGCAAGCUUCUGCUCUUGGUACGCUCAUGAGAAACGCACCCGACACAUUCACCAAAACGUUUUGCGCCUGUUGGUUCUAUCUCGUUGCUGGAUUUGGCAGCGACCAGCUCGACAAGUCGAUGCUACCAAUUAUUUUCGGCCAUUUUCCUGCGGGGGCUUCAGCCAAACAAAUUAUUCAUUACAGUCAAACUAUUCAAUCAGGAAUCUUUCGACGAUUCGAUUAUGGAACGACGAAAAACACGAAACUUUACGGAGUACCUGAACCACCCGCAUACAAGUUGGACAAGGUGAAAGUGCCUGUUGCCAUAUUUUACAGCGAAAACGAUUUUCUGAAUCAUCCUAAUGACGUGGAUAAACUGGCCGACGCACUGCCGAACGUACUCGAAAAGCAUAAAAUUGAGUACGCUAAAUUCAACCACAUUGAUUAUCUUUGGGGCAGAGACGCAAGGUCAUUGCUCUACAACAAAAUUAUAAAGAUACUGAAGCGCUUCUAGUCCAAUAUAUAUAAACGAACAAAAACUAAACAACCAAUAUUCCUAUAAUUUUUUAUUAAUUUCACGUAUGAAAAAUGUACACGUACGAAAUGGAAACGUUGAACAUUUGAUCGAUAAUCGGGCUGAAUCGGAGAAAUGGCGUAACGAAUUUCAAUCGUUAUUUGGAAACGUUUGUUUGGGUUUAGAGCCGUCUAUUUAUUGAUCUUCUCCGUUGGUUCAGUCAUUUGAAUGUGUAUCCAGUUCAAAAUCCAAAGUUAUAAAUAUGUACAUGAUUUAAAUCCCAAUAGUGAGACUAAAGUUUAUAUAUUUAUCAAAAUGAAAUCAGGUUCGAUAAAUGUUUUUCAUCCAAAAAGUGAGAAUAAAAAUUUAUAUAUUUAUUGAAGUUAA